GUGCGGCCCUUCGUGACUUGGGACCGGGCCCCAAACCUGCACAACAUGGAGACCGCAUCCCUGUGCUGCUCCACUUUCGCCUUCCUCACGGCGCUGGUCUUCAACGACCCCAACACGUCGCAGGCGGGAAGGGUGGUCGUCUCCGUGCUGCUCAUCGCCUUCGGCGCGGGGGUGGUGGCGUACUUGCUGAUGGAGCUGUCCAGGGAGGUGUGGAGGAAGGUGGACGACAUGCUGGAGGAGGCCAAGAUUGGGGGGGUGCGCGACAUGUCGCGGAUGGCCAAAAUCUGGCACGUCGCGGCGCUGCUGGCGGCGCAGUUGCCGUGCUUCGGGCUUGAAGAGGAAUCCGAAAAUGAGGCCGUGGAACCUGUCGAGGGUCGCGGGUGA